UUAGCCGUAUAUAUAGAGUAUUAAUUAAUCGAUAAUUACAAUAGAAUUAAAUAAUAUUCUAAAUCACAAUGAACAAUUUCAUUACAUUUUUGUGUUUCGUAAGCUUGGCUGUUGUAGGCAGCGUAAAUGGGGAUCUUAAAACUCCUUACGACAUCUUGUCCAAACAAAUUCAACAAAUUCUCCAAAAUAAUCGUCAAGCUUUCGCUGAUGGAUUCGAAGGAUUAACUCAAUUAGACCCAAUCUCUAUUGAUGGACCAUUUAACUUGAGUGGUAAUCCAUUCCAAGCACAGGUUUCAAAUGUUCAAGUAAAAGGAUUAUCUACAUUUGAUGGUACAUCCCUCGAUAUUUUAAGUAAUGGAGUAUUCAUUUUCGCAGUACGGGUACCAAAUAUUACAGUAGGUGGAGACAUCAACAUACCGAUUGCUAGUGGACCAGGCUACAAAGGCACUAUUGCCUCAACAUUAUCAGAUGUUUGGAUUGUAAUUAAUGGAUAUGCUUCAGUUCAAAGUGAUCGUCUCUCACUUAGCCAAAUACAUACAGAUAUAACCGUCGGUACCAUUCCAGACGUCAAAGUUUUGGGAUUACCUGGUGUGUUGAAUGAAUUUACUAAACAAUAUUUACUAAGCGAUUUGAGCAAUUUGAUUAACGCUAAUAGUGAUGUAUAUGAAGAAGUCCUUGAUGCCUUUGUGUAUCAAAAUCUAUCAGCGGGUUUAGGUACAAGUUAUUCAAAAUUUGUUAAUAAAGUAAAUUCUUUGGCUGGCAUGAUAGCAAAUUGAAGUAAAUUGAACAAC